ACAUCUGUAAACACUGCCAUCUUGCUCUCUCUCUCUCUCUCUCUCUCACACACACACACACACACAACCUUUCACCCCCCCCCUUCAAUUUCACCCUGUUUUUAAUCUCUUCUGUCUUUCUUUCAAUCCCUCUCUUUUUCUGUUUUUCUUUAAUCCUGUACAUUUUCCCCUUCUUCUCCUUUCUAUCCUUGCAUGACUCCUCCCUCAGUUUGCACGCCCUUUCUCAAACACACACAUACGCACAGAGCACAGCUCAUGCGUGCGCAGACACACACACACACACACACGCCCUCCUCCCCCCAUCGCUGCAGUGUCUCUUAACUGCCUCGGAGCUAACAAGAGAGGAAACGGCACACCGACCGUAACAGGAAGGGGGACGGAAAAAAAAGACGGAUAGAGCGAGAGCGCUUCAUCAACGCGCGCGCGCGCCCGUGUGUGUGUGCGUAUGUGUGUGUGAAGGAGAGAGAGAGAGAGAGAGAGAGAGGGAGUGUGAGAUCCGCACAGAUGUGAGGAUGUUGGAGAUUCGCAGGAAGGCUCGUACACUCCCUAUCUGUCUCUGAAGGAUCAUCUGCGGUGAUAGUGAAUGGACACACGGAACCCAUGUCUUUGGCUGCGUGAGAAGUGUUGGCUUAUGCAACGAAGAAACAGUGGGACAAUCUGGUGCCCAGAAGUCUGAAAAGUGUGUAUCUGUGUUUACAGAGCAUGAGGUCUACCCAGCUGUAAGGAGAAAAGACAUUCUGCAAAGUACGAACCGAAGGAAUGUUGAAUAACCUCCGAUGCUCGCGACUGGUGGAAUACUGAGGAUCGCUGGCUUUAUAAAAUGUGGGUGGACGUAAAGGUGCUUUUGCUUGACCUACACUCUUUCUCUCAGCACUGACAGGCUCACUUUAACCAUCACUUUCUGGGGGGGUGUCCCUUGGUAUAACCCCCCAGUGACUGGGUUAUAAAAAAAGGAAGCCAAUUUGGUGAAGCAGGCUUCUGUCAGUAUGUCCUGGUAGCGAUGAAUGCCAGUUUGUGAUAGUUGUUCGCUAAGAAAACAGACCAACUGUUAAACUUGGACCAUGCAUGUAGCCUAAACCCACUUGGCACGUUGUAAGGCUUACGUCUUCUCUCCGGACCCGGGUGGCGCCGCCGAAAUUGCCCAUUUUUUUCUUGACUUCUCUGAUUUGCUCUUAUUUCCAAACCUCAUCACGGUCUGUGGUCUGGUCUUUUGGGGUGCUGUGGAGUGUGUGUGGGUGUGUGUGUGUGUGUGUGAGAGUGUGUGUGUGAGAGUGUGUGUGUGCGGGUGUGAAACCUAUAAUUGACCAUGGGGUGCCGUCAGAGUUCUGAGGAAAAAGAGGCAGCCAGGCGCUCGAGGCGCAUCGACCGGCACCUUCGCUCGGAGAGCCAGCGACAGAGACGCGAGAUCAAACUGCUGCUCCUCGGUACCAGCAACUCAGGCAAGAGCACUAUCGUCAAGCAAAUGAAGAUCAUCCACAGCGGUGGGUUCAACCUCGAAGCCUGCAAGGAAUACAAACCCUUGAUCCUUUACAAUGCCAUUGAUUCUCUCACGCGCAUCAUCCGAGCUCUGGCCACCCUCAAGAUUGACUUCCACAACCCUGACCGGGCCUAUGAUGCUGUCCAGCUCUUUGCCCUCACGGGUCCUGCCGAGAGCAAAGGGGAGAUCACACCCGAGCUUCUCGGAGUGAUGAAGCGCUUGUGGGCCGAUUCAGGAGUUCAGGAGUGUUUCCAGCGCUCCAACGAGUAUCACCUUGAGGACAACACUGCCUACUACCUGAACGACUUGGACAGAAUCUCGGCACCCGAGUACAUCCCCACUGUCGAGGACAUCCUGCGUUCCCGCGACAUGACCACUGGCAUCGUCGAGAACAAGUUUACCUUCAAAGAGCUCACUUUCAAGAUGGUGGAUGUGGGUGGACAGCGUUCAGAGAGAAAGAAGUGGAUCCACUGCUUUGAGGGCGUAACUGCAAUUAUAUUCUGCGUGGAGCUCAGUGGCUACGACCUCAAGCUUUAUGAAGACAACCAGACGAGUCGCAUGGCGGAGAGUUUGCGUCUGUUCGACUCCAUUUGCAACAACAACUGGUUCACCAACACCUCGCUCAUCCUCUUCCUCAACAAGAAGGACCUGCUGGCUGAGAAGAUCAAGCGCAUCCCCUUGACCGUCUGCUUUGCCGACUACAAGGGCCAGAACACCUACGAGGAAGCCGCCGUGUAUGUGCAGCGCCAGUUUGAGGACCUGAACCGCAACAAAGAGACAAAGGAGAUCUACUCACACUUCACCUGCGCCACCGACACCAGCAACAUCCAGUUCGUGUUCGAUGCCGUCACGGACGUGAUUAUCCAGAAUAAUCUUAAGUACAUCGGCCUGUGCUAGGACCAGUGGAUGGGAGGGGAGAUGGGAGAGAGAAAGAGAAAGAGACAGACAGACAGACCUCCAUCGCUUGAUCGUUAUAGUGCCAUGGAACCCAUGAUGAGAACAGAGACAGGACAGGUGCUGCCAUCCUUGCUCAAGCUGUUAACGAAACGUUAAUGGUUAUGAAUUUUGCAACUUGUGUUUGCACUGAAUUCAUGGACAUAUACACACAAUCACACACACAUACACACUUUUGUUUACCCACUUGGAAUCAAUUGUUAAAGUACCUGUUUGACCCCGGUACGCUAAGACGACAGACACCCCACCAAUUCCUGGCUAACUCACACUUACCGAACCUCUAAGAUCGAGCAAGACUCUCUGUCCGACCUCACCGUCCGAUCUCUUCUGUUCUGUCCUGUCCUGUCUUGUCCGAUUUACACGAGUACUUUGGAAUAAGGUUUUUAAACAAGAGUUUAAUUUUUUAAAACAAUCAUUUUAGACUAUACAUGACCUAGAUGAGCGAGAUAAAGAAAAAACAAAACAAACCAAAACAAAACAAAAAAGAAAUCUUUUCCUUUUGUUUCUUUCCAAAGGUGAAAACUGCCAAUGUACAAUGUUGAAAUAAUGCAGCUUUUUACACGUUAACACUCAUAUCACCCACAGAAAAGGCGCUUUUUGGUUUUCUUUUUCUAUUAUUUUGCCUAAAUUCGGCCACACUUCGAUUCCAACUCGAGAGCAAACGUCUGAUUUGGGUUUUUUCUCUUUCCGAAGAGUGUUACGUCUGAAUAUUAAGUGUUUCGUCAAAAAAAAUAUCCGAAAGAGACAUAAAUAGUGCCAAUGUAAAUGUGAGUAAAUAGCAAGACCCACCCAAAACCAUUUUGGGUUUUUAAUGUCCAAACAUUCAAAUAUGCAUGAUUUUGUUACUUUUGAUAAAUUCUAGGUUGAAUUGUUUACUUCUAUUUUUGAUUUUACGAAUAUACUCCCAAAUAUAUAUAUAUAUAUUAACACACACACACGCACACACACACACAUAUACAUGUAUAACAAAAUCAAAAAAACACUGUGUACACUUGUACAGCUGUUUUGUUUUUUUUCCAGAGGUAUUUAUUGAAAAGAGGACUUAUAAAGUUACAGAGACAGUAACUUGUGUCCGGUUCACAUUCGGGUUCCGAUCCGUAAAUAUAAGUAAACGAUAUGCUGGUGAUUGUAACAAAAGAAAAAAGAAGAAAAAAAAAAACAAAAACAAACCAAAAAAGGAUUUAAAAAAGUAUAUGAGCAAAAAAAAGAAGA